AUGGAUAUUGGACUGUCUCAAAGGUUAAGUAUGAAAUACUAUAUGGCUUGGAGAAUACAUAAAGUUCAUAGCCACUUUCUCUCGGUAAUGUCAUCUGAGAACUUAUAUUUGGCAAGUAAGGAAUCAAUUUUAAGCCUUUGGGAUCCCUUCAGCGAAAUGGCGAUCGAUGAAAUGAUUGAAUUACUCAAACCGCUAUUCAAUGAGACAGAAUCGCAUGAAGAGUCUUUCUCCCAACAGACUUCUUCCGAUAGAAAUCUUGAAUAUCAAUUACCUUUUACAAACAAUGAUAUGAUUACAAAUACUACCAAUCUUGAUGAUUUCUGGCUAGACAUGAAACAAGAUUUAGCAGAUCUAAAUUACAAAGCCUACUUUGACAUAUUUGAUCCAUUUACACAUACAGGCUUAGAUAUGAAUCCGGAAUUUGACAAUUUCUCUAACUUUGGUUAA